UCUCCUCCGCUGCGCCUCGGAAAGAAAGACAGAGAGAGACACCAACACCAACACCAACGCCAAGAUCCAAAUCCCUUUCGCUAGCGAGCGCGACCUGGCGGCGAUCCGAUCCGAUCUCCUGCCGCCGGCGACCAUGGCUCGCCGUCACCUCCUCCUUCCUCUCCUCGCGCUCGCCUUCUCCGUCUCCCUCGCCGCCCCUCAGGGACUGGGAGAUGUCGCCGCCUUCAUCGAUGGUGCGUCGCACCGCUACCUGAGGCAUCAGCAACACGACCAGCAGGCCUCUUCAAUGUCGCUUGAUGAAGUUUCUGCAGCUGUUUCUGUCUUGCUUGGUUUUGCACCACCAGCCUCGCUACCUGCGCUUUCUUCUUCAAAGUUAAACAAAGUGCUACUCCCUAACCCAUUUGAUAGACCCCGUGCUGUUUUCUUGAUGCAACUCGAUGGAUCCCACGCCUCCGUCGAUAGCUUCAUAUCUGAAGCCGGUACUAUUUUCAGAACAAGGAUUGAUGGUGCAAAAAAUCUUGCCACGGGUCUUACAGACAAGGAUGAAUUAAUUGUCAUCCACUCAGAUGAAUCUCUUGCUGUUCAAGAUAAUGACCUCACCAACUUGGCCAAUUGGUUGGAGGGAUCAUAUCAGAAGGCUGAUGGCAAAUUGAAAAUUCCCCUGGAGAGUGGAAACAGUCUUACUCUGUUCAUUUCUAAGGAAGCAGACCUGGAAUUUGCCUCCAGCUUGAUCUCCCUUCUUAAAACCAUCAAAAGGAGCAUCCAGGUUCACGAAGAUUUCUCAGGAGGCAUUGUGAGCCCUGCAGAGUUAUUAGUAUGCCACUUCACAGGCAUUAAGGCUCUGGAAGAUGAAUAUGGUUCCGCGGAAAUUGUUAAGCAGGGAGCUGAAGUAGUCCGGACAGCACUUUCCAAAGCAUUUGAUCUUCUGCAGGGAGCAUACAGAGGGAAAAUUGUUGGGCUGGUAAUAUCCGCAAAGGAGGCAUCUACAUCCUUGGCAUCCAUCAUUGAUGCACCAUCCUCAAUGCAUAUCUCAAGACGGCUAGAAGAAGCAAGCAGAACUAAUGCUGCAGCUUCUAUAGCUGCGAUAUAUCUUGUUAGAUUGAGUUUGGCAUGGAUUACUGGGAUCAUCCUUCUUGUCUCGACUCUCAUUGGGGUUUGUUUGCUGAUGAACAUGCCGCUCACGAGGGACACACUCCUGUAUUCAAAUGUCAAGAUUGAUUAGUUGGUACUACAUAUGCACCUUGACACGACCCUGGGUUUUACAUUAGAUCUGCAAGUGUUUACCUGCUGCUUACUCAGUGUAGCAAAAUAUACUGUUGCUAUGUGGAUCCUUCAUUUAGAAUUGUACUGCUGCUGCUGCAUGUAUGGGCUCGUCUUGUUUUUUGGUAAAUAAUAAUAAGCAAGGGGAGUGUAUUUUGUUGAUAUUCCAGACAAAUUGUUUUUGUGGAAUAUACUGGUAUCUGAAUAAAUUUGUGGCUCAAACGUUUAAGGCCGGUUUACUUUUUUU